AUGACCUGCCAUAAUGGUUACCCGGAUUUUGUAGCCACCAGUCAGAACAAAUACAUCUCUGUCAAACACGGCAUUGACUGUGAGCGUUGUCAUGGCCCGGGUGGCCUGCACGUAGCCAAUAAGAUAGCCGGUAAUAUGACCGAUACCUCCAAAGGCCCGGAUUACUCGAUCGUCAAUCCGCGCCGGCUAUCUACCGAGAUGCAGAACAAUAUCUGCCAGCGCUGUCACCUGCAGGGCGUAUCGGUGCUCAAUGACGGGAAGACGUUUUUUGACUUCCGCCCGGGCAUGAAGCUGUCGGAGGUGGAAAAUGUAUUUAUGCCGCAAUAUGAGGGUGCCGAUGAUAAGAUGAUCAUGGCCAGCCAUGUAGAGCGGAUGAAGAAGAGCAACUGUUAUGUGACUAGCGGUAAGAUGAGCUGCAUUACCUGCCACGAUCCGCACGGCAAUACCACCAUGGCUUAUGAGUUCCUGAACCGGGCGCAUGACCUGGAUCCAGAUCAUGAACAAACACUGAUCAACCUGGCAGUAUGGCAUCAUAAUAAUGGCACGGAUGAUAAGGCGCGUAAAUACCUGCUGCAAUUGCUGAAGCGCAACCCCAAUAAUGAACAGGCGAAGGCGAUGCUGGCGGAUCUUCCCUGA